GGGCGCGGGGCAUGGGAGCCCGGUAGCCAGGUUGCACGAGGAUCCCCGCGGUGGGCAGGACCCGCCGAGCGAAGACCGCCAAGCCCAGGGAGAGCCAGAGACAGCGAACCGCCCGCCCCCGGCCGCAGCCCCGCCAGGGCCCUCCCCCGGCGGCGCGCCCCCGCGCGCGCACACACUUGCACACCUUUCCUCUGCUCCUGCCCAACGUCGCCUGGCCCACGCUGAAGCACCCCUGGGGGUCCGAUGCCAUGGGUAACAACUUCUCCAGUGUCUCCUCUCUGCAGCGAGGAAACCCGAGCCGCGCGUCGCGGGGCCACCCUCAGAACCUCAAAGACUCCAUCGGAGGCUCCUUCCCGGCCGCCUCUCGCCGAUGCCAUCACAAGCAGAAGCCCUGCCCUCCUGUGCUGUCAGCCGGGGGGCUCCCGGCCACGCCGCUGCUCUUCCACCCCCACACCAAGGGCUCCCAGAUCCUCAUGGACCUCAGCCACAAGGCCGUCAAGAGGCAGGCCAGCUUCUGCAACGCCAUCACCUUCAGCAACCGUCCGGUGCUCGUCUACGAGCAAGUCAGGCUGAAGAUCACCAAGAAGCAAUGUUGCUGGAGUGGAGCCCUGCGACUUGGCUUCACCAGCAAGGACCCUUCCCGCAUCCACCCCGACUCGCUGCCCAAGUACGCCUGCCCGGACCUGGUGUCUCAGAGUGGCUUCUGGGCCAAAGCUUUGCCUGAGGAGUUUGCCAACGAGGGCAACAUCAUUGCCUUCUGGGUGGACAAGAAGGGCCGUGUCUUCUACCGCAUCAAUGACUCGGCUGCCAUGCUUUUCUUCAAUGGGGUCCGAACAGCUGACCCACUCUGGGCCCUGGUGGAUGUCUACGGCCUCACGCGGGGUGUCCAGCUGCUAGACAGCGAGCUGGUGCUGCCGGACUGCCUGCGGCCGCGCUCCUUCACCGCGCUGCGGCGGCCGUCCCUGCGGUGCGAGGCGGACGAGGCGCGCCUGUCCGUGAGCCUGUGCGACCUCAACGUGCCGGGAACCGACGGCGACGAUGGAGCACCGCCCGCUGGCUGCCCGAUUCCGCAGAACUCGCUCAACUCGCAGCACAGCCGCGCGCUGCCGGCGCAGCUCGACGGCGACCUGCGCUUCCACGCGCUGCGCGCCGGCUCGCACGUCCGCAUACUGGACGAGCAGACGGUGGCGCGCCUGGAGCACGGGCGCGACGAGCGCGCGCUCGUCUUCACCAGCCGGCCGGUGCGAGUGGCCGAGACCAUCUUCAUCAAAGUCACGCGAUCGGGCGGUGCGCGAGCCGGCGCGCUGUCCUUUGGGGUCACCACGUGCGACCCUGGCACGCUGCGGCCGGCCGACCUGCCCUUCAGCCCCGAGGCCCUAGUGGACCGCAAGGAGUUCUGGGCGGUGUGCCGCGUGCCCGGGCCUCUGCACAGCGGCGACAUCCUGGGCCUUGUGGUCAACGCCGAAGGAGAAUUACACCUGAGUCACAACGGCGCCCCGGCCGGCAUGCAGCUCUGCGUGGACGUCUCCCAGCCCCUCUGGAUGCUCUUCAGCCUGCAUGGCGCCAUCACGCAGGUCCGCAUCCUCGGCUCCACCAUCAUGGCUGAACGGGGAGGCCCAUCUCUCUCUUGCUCACCUGCCUCCACUCCAACCUCGCCCAGUGCCCUGGGCAGCCGCCUCUCUGACCCCCUGCCCAGCACCUGCAGUUCUGGGCCUCUGGGUGGCUCUGCGGGCGGGACAGCCCCCAACUCACCCGUGAGCCUGCCCGAGUCGCCAGUGACCCCAGGUAUGGGCCAGUGGAGUGAUGAGUGCACCAUUUGCUACGAACACGCGGUGGACACAGUCAUCUACACGUGUGGUCACAUGUGCCUCUGCUAUUCCUGCGGCCUGCGCCUCAAGAAGGCCCUGCACGCCUGCUGCCCCAUCUGCCGUCGCCCCAUCAAGGACAUCAUCAAGACCUACCGCAGUUCCUAGCCCACUGCGGAGCCCACCUGCACCCCCCAGCACUUCCGCAGACUCCAGCCCAGCACCAGCUAAGGGCGAAGCCAACAGGGUCCCUUCUCUUCCACGUUUUGAAAACUCUUCCUCUUUUUCCAUUAAACAUGGGAAACCAAGGUCCCUGAAGGUUUGGGCUGACAGGGUCUGAGGCAGGGAGGUGAGGGCACAGAUAGCACCUAAUGAGUGGAGGGGAGGGGAGAAGGCUACCCCCGCAGUCUCCCUCUCUACCCGGGUUCUGCAGGGGGCCGAAGCGGAGUCUCAGCCUGUUGCCCCCUCACUGUCUAGGCAGAUUUCUAAAGUUGUGCAGCCCGUGUGGUGCCUUGGAGAGAGCGAACAUGUAGCCUUCCCUGGGCAGCUUGGGAGGCCAGUGGACUCCUCCCACCCUGGGCAGCUACAGACUGUAUGUCCUGUCUCUCUCCUUACCCAGAGUGGGGAAACAGACAGGCCGUACAAGACUCCAGGUCCUUGACCUUGACCUUGGGCUGACCUACCGUGUUCAGGGCCUCUCCUUGCCAUAAUUUGCACCAAUCAUCUCACCGGUGCCGCUGCCUAGGGUGCCCUUCAGGAUAGGCUGAGGUGGGCCUUUCUGUUGUCAGGGUCCCAAAGAGCAGGUCCACAACCACCCCUAAGGCCUGUCCUCCCUCAUCUCAGUGCCGGCCUGGGCUGAUCUUGCAUUGUGUGCCCAGGAGGAACAGGGGCCCUCAGUAGGGUGGGGGGGGUCUCCUGGGCUAUGGACAGCCCUUUUCCUCAUUUUUAUUUAUUUAUUUAUUUGGUUUGUGAGUUUUGUUUGUGGGUUAAUUCCAACCCGGGAGCUCCUAAAAUUCUACUGUUGGGGGGUUGCCAGGUGAGGGGCGGUAGGGUAGCCACUCAGAAUCUUCUGCAGGCCCAGACACAAGGCUCACAGGCAGUCCUGCUAACCCCUAGGUGGAACUCCAGGCUGGAGGCCUCCCACGAGGGGGACGGGCCUCUCUUGGAUGGGGACCCACUGGCGUCCACCUGUGCCCUUCCUCCCUGGGGCGGGGGGCUAAGUUAGUGUGGUUGGUUCAAGGUUGUACUCCAGGAGUCCACCUCUGUCAAGACAUCAAAAGUUCUGCAAGGUUGGGGAAGAUUAUGGAUGUGUGGGUCAGGGACCAGAAUGGAGACCCUCCCAAGUUAGGAGGAGGAGGAUGAAUCCUGAAGGCAGGCUCCUGGUCUGCUAAGGGAGGAGGGUCGCCUCUACAGCCCUCCCUGCCUGUCCUGGGUUACUGUGGAGUCUUAGGCUAGACCCUCCCAGUCCCUCAGCCAUCGGCCCUCAGAAGACUGGUUUUACACCCUCAGCGAUGGCUUCUGCUUUGGCAGGCAGGGACUGGGGCUCUGUCCUGGCCCCUGGCCCAUCCUGUGGCCCUGGCCAGAGGUCACCCUCCAAACCUCAGCUUCCCCUGUGUACAGGUUUGGGGGUGGAGCACUCUCAAUGUGAUUCCUGAGAGUUCUUUUGGGGUAUCUCUUAGGGGGCCUUACUGGAGAGGCAUUGAGAAUGGGGUACCAGGGUAGGCAUUUGCCUGCACUGGCCUUGCAGAGACCCAGGGAAUCUGCGCCACCCUGGGUCUCGCCUCUUCAGUCACUGGACCUCGUAGACCCUUUCUGUGAGAGCAGGCUGGAGCCGGUAAAUUGACCCAUCUAACUGGGGGCUCAUCCUAGGGAUGGAGAAAGUCCAGAGCGCAGAGCUGUAUGGCUGGAGGUGGGAAAAGAAGCCAUCAUCCAUUCUGCUAACACGGAGGUAGUUCUGCCUCCUUCGUGAACUGGGUCACUGUGUUUGUGAAUAAAGGCGAUUUCGUACCA